AUGGAUCAGUACCAGUACCCUUCUGCGACUCGAAACAUCACCACAGCGCCCUCGGCUGAGAAGUCCAGCCAACUACUCCUCCGCGAAUAUCCUCACCGAGCAAUCGCCAUUGCGACACCAACCCAUGCCUUGAUUUUCCGAUAUAGUACUACUACGAGCGAAGCAAUUGCCAAUGGUUCCCUUACCUCCGUCUCGUCAGCACGGCCCCGCGCUGCCGGUGAUGGUCCCGUACCAAAAUGCAUGGUCGAGUUCUCUCCAGUCUCGAAACAGCUCCUUAGCGAUUUCCGACCUCUUACUCCACGUCCAAUAUACGGAACGCUAGGCCUCAUAUCCAUCGGUCAGGAUGUAUUCUUAUGUGUAAUCACCCAGGCGCUACGGGUGGCGACAUUGCGACCCGGAGAGACAGUUGAGAAGAUUGCAAGUGUCGACUUCUUCUGCCUCAAUAGCUCGGAAUAUGACAAUGUCAUAUCGUUGAAUACAUACGAUAGCGACCCCUCCGACUCUACCUCUCCAUAUGGCCAAAAUCUAAGUCGAAGAGAAGGAGAAAUAGAAUAUCCGUACCAGGAGCUUCAAAAGUUGCUCGGCAACGGUAGCUUCUACUACAGUACAGAUUUUGAUCUAACAAAUAGAUUGCAAGAUAGGUUUGUCUCACUCUCCGAUACUUGGGCCAUACAACUUCGCGCAACCUUUAUAUCUUCCAUGCCAAUAGACUCGGAUACUUUUGACAUUGACAAUUUUGACGAUUCUUUCCUAUGGAAUUAUUUUAUGAUUAGCCCUUUGGUUCAGUUCAGGUCUCGGCUCUUGGCUCACGAACGCGAGGCACUUGAUGCCUCUCGAAUUUUGACGUCUGCUAUACGAGGAUUCUGUUUAACUAUGACCAUUCCUCAGAGUACAGCACCCUUGCGCGAUGGCAGAUCUGGUCUCCCUUCUUUUCUUACGGUUAUUUCACGUUUGUCUUGUAAAAGAGCUGGAACUCGCUUCAAUAGUCGAGGUAUCGACGAUGACGGGCAUGUGGCUAAUUUCGUCGAGACGGAAACGAUUUAUUGGAGCCCGUCCGGCGUUCUCUUCUCGUAUGCGCAAGUUCGUGGUUCGGUACCAGUGUUCUGGGAGCAAACUCCGGGUCUCAUCCCUGGCCAACAAAAAAUUACCAUAACCCGUUCAGCCGACGGUACACAACCCGCUUUUGAUAAACAUUUUGAAGAGUUGGAACAGUCGUACGGUGCUGUUCAUAUCGUCAACCUACUCAGCGCAACAAAACCGGGCGAGGCGGAGCUUACUCAUUUGUUCCAUUACGGAUUGCAACAUUGUUCUCUCGGCCGUGUUGAUGGGAAACAAUCGUCUGACCAUGCGCUUCUCCGAGAAACAGAUUACGAUUUUCAUGCGGAAACGAAAACUGCAGGGUACGAUGCUGCUCGGGAAAUUCGGCGGUACAUUGAGCAUUCUGCUGAUGGAUUUGCCUACUAUCUCGCUGAGUUAACAGACGAUAUGAUCGAUGUUAAUGAACCCACCGGUAGCCAAAGAAUGGUUGUCGUGCUUCAGCAGGAAGGAGUUUUCCGGACAAACUGUCUAGACUGCCUAGACAGGACUAAUCUCAUCCAGACGAUUAUUUCUCAAUUGGCUGUCGAGGCCUUUCUAGGCCACCGCGGGGAAUUCGCGGCAUCGGAUUUCUGGAUGCGACACUCUACCCUUUGGGCGGACAAUGGUGACGCUCUAUCCAGGAUUUAUGCCGGAACAGGCGCUCUCAAGUCUUCAUUUACAAGACACGGCAAGAUGUCUCUGGCUGGCGCCUUCGCAGAUGCUCGAAAGAGUGCAACAAGGCUUUACAUCAACAACUUCGCUGACAAGGCAAGGCAGAAUACAAUCGAUAUGCUCUUAGGACGCUUAGUUGGUCAAACCCCUGUUCAUCUCUUCGACCCAAUUAGCGAUUUUAUAUCUGCUGAGCUCAGUAAGCGUAGUUCUGAAUACUCUUCCACGGAGAAUAUCACCAUAUGGGUUGGGACAUUUAAUCUAAACGGACGUACUAAUGGUAUCGAUGAAGAUUUAUCUCCUUGGAUUUGUCCUCAAGAGCUCGGUUCAACCCAACCUGAGAUAGUGACUGUGGGGUUUCAGGAGAUUGUUGAAUUGAGUGCACAACAAAUCAUGAACAGCGACCCUACUAGAAAGCAGCUAUGGGAGAAAGCUAUUAAGAAAACGCUAAACAACCGCACCAAACAACUAGGAGGAGAGAAGUAUGUCCUACUUCGGAGUGGGCAGCUAGUUGGUGCUGCCUUAUGCAUUUUCGUAAAAGCAUCCGUACUUCCAAAAAUAAAGAACGUCGAAGGCAGCGUCAAGAAAACGGGGAUGUCUGGCAUAGCAGGAAAUAAAGGAGCGGUUGCUAUUAGGAUGGAGUAUGCAAAUACUCAAAUAUGUUUUGUCACGGCCCAUCUUGCUGCUGGGUUCUCCAAUUAUGAUGAACGGAAUAAAGACUACGCUACGAUUCAUCACGGAUUACGAUUCCAACGGAAUAGGGGUAUUGAUGAUCACGAUACGGUUAUAUGGAUGGGCGACUUCAAUUAUCGUAUCGGCUUAUCACAUGAAAGAGUCGUUGAUUUGAUACAGAAGAACGACUUAGAAAGGCUAUAUGAGAACGAUCAGUUAAAUCUUCAAAUGGUUGCAGGUCUUUCAUUUCCAUAUUAUUCAGAAGCAAGAAUUACCUUCAUGCCAACCUACAAAUUCGAUGUUGGUACUGAUAGAUACGACACCUCCGAGAAACUGCGGAUUCCUGCGUGGACAGACCGUAUUUUGCGGAAAGGCACGAACAUAAGGCAAUUGUCAUACAACUCUGCGCCUUUACGGUUCUCAGACCACCGGCCGGUAUUUGCGACGUUUCAAUGCACAGUGAACAUUGUGAAUGAGGCACAUCGAGAACGUAUCAGUCGGGAGCUUUAUGACCGUCGCAAAGCAGAGGUUGGUCAUACAGCAGCAAGCUUAAUAAGUGAGGACUCCGAAGAUGACGAAGAUCUCAUUGGGUAUGAUCCAAUUGAACCGGGUCUACCUCCGGCGAGUUCAGAUCGGCAAAGGUGGUGGCUUGAGAGUGGCAAGAUGGCGAAGUCCACGGUUGGUCCACCAAAGGCUAGUAACGGAAACCGUGAUGUGUCGUCCGUGGUGCUUAAUUCUCACCGCCCGUCGAAUCCAUUCACCCCAACCGAAGAACCUGAUUGGGUAGCCGUACCUAGAUCUAAUUCAAGACUUUCAUCGUUUUCGAGCAUCUCUAGUUCACCAUAUGAACAUAUCAACCAUUCGACCAUCCUUUCAACAUCCGUCGCUUCCAAUUCCUCACCUAGAAAACUGCCACCGCCGUUUGAUCCAGCGACGUUACCAGCAAAGGUCGGCCAGAUUAAUUUGCUUGACGAGCAAGUACCUAUGCAAAGGAGUGAAGUUCCACCACCUCCUCCACCCAGAAGGCAAACAUCCACAAGUCUCAUACAGUCUUCACCAUCCCCUGCAUCUUCAGAUUUACAACCUACCCUAAGGCCAUCAAAGACUAUCGCGCCACACCAACAAAUAGGACCCGUGUCCUCAUCGCCUCGAGUAUCUAAUGGGUCAAAGGCACCUCCCCCUAUAGCUCGGAAACCGGCACAUCUUACCUCUACUUCACCAACAUCAAGUCCUUCCCUCCCUGAAACUAGUAUUCUAGGGUCGUUUCCCGAACACCAGACGCCAAAACGGCCCAUCCCACGUAAAACAUCGACCACUGUCUCUAAUUUAACCUCCCAACUUCAAGCUAGCAGAUCUGGUGCAUUAACAGGUGGGAUGCUUAAGACGACAUCACCUCCACUCCGCCUAGAUACUGCCUCCAAUAACCAUCAGACUGGGACAUCAGGCCCAACUGGUCAAGUAGGGCGAGUUUCGUUACCUGGUCUUGGGAACAUAGAGCGUAAGCCGGCCUUACCAACACGCCCAAUACAGCAGCAUACACAACAACCUCAAUCUAAUAUUGACCUCCUCGGCGAUGAUGGGUCCGAGAUUAACGGAUGGGAAACAUUAAAGCCAAGUUAGACACAAUUCUUGGUUUAGCGGUAUUGCAUUUAUAUAAGCGUCUGAGCGCUAAUACGGCAUGGCGUUUAUGGGGUCCUAUGGUUAGAUAAGAGUAUAUACGAAAGAAGUCGUUCUCACGAGACUAGGCUAAAAUAAGAUAUAUAUUUUUUUAGAAUCUAUGCUUCCUAUGGAAGUUCUCGAGCAUUUUUUUUAGCCAUUGUAAUAAGUUUCAAUGGUCAACCACAUAUGAUAUGUGAAUACAUGUAUAUACCCAGGAUAUCAGGACAUAAAGUAUAAAUUAGGUACAACUUAAAUAAGAGGGAUCAAGAAAUUAGAGAAAUAAAGACCCAAACUCGGUAGCUCCUGACUGCAUGCAGACCGAAUUGCUUUGGUUGCACUUUACGUCACACCUCGAUAAGAUAAAGCUCGAAAUUGUCUUUUGUAGGGAUAUCGCGCCCGAAUCACGCGAGAACUGACGAAGAUAAUUCUCGCGCCACUCGGACGACAAUUAAAACAUUUAAUCAUUAAACUUACAAUAUU